GGACAUUCGAGACUAUUAACCACUGCCGUUUACGAUGAACAAUUAAGUGAUGUUGAAUGAAGUGUGUGUGUAUUUUUUUGCAUGACGAACCAAGGCAUCUUACACCAUUUCUCUGAAGGGAAAUUCAGAUAUUACACAGUCUUCCUUCCUUGAGCUCCAGAAAGCUGAGCCUCUUGCAGCAGCAACUCUGACCAAUGGGGGGCGGCAGCAUCUCAGUAACUCACUCCCUGAAGACUUGUAGGUAGGAGGAGAAAGACUCGCGGCCAAAACCUUUUUGACUCCAUCCGCUCUCCGUAGCGCCUUAACCCGCUCGAGUUUCAAUGCGCGCUGUUGUUGGACGAAGCUGAGUCCUAUACACCGCCCGCUGCUCUCCUGAUCAUGGCUUCUCCGAGUUCCUUCACCUACUGCAGCCCUCCAUCUUCCUCCCCUGUCUGGUCAGAGCCGCUGUACAGUCUGAGGCCCGAGCACGCGAGGGAGCGGUUGCAGGACGACUCGGUGGAAACAGUCACGUCCAUAGAACAGGCAAAAGUAGAAGAAAAGAUCCAAGAGGUCUUCAGUACUUACAAGUUCAACCACCUUGUUCCAAGGCUUGUGCUGCAGAGGGAGAAGCACUUCCAUUACCUGAAAAGAGGCCUUCGACAGCUGACAGAUGCCUAUGAGUGUCUGGACGCCAGCCGCCCGUGGCUCUGCUACUGGAUCCUGCACAGCUUGGAGCUGCUGGACGAACCCAUCCCCCAGAUGGUGGCGGCAGAUGUGUGUCAUUUCCUGGAGCUGUGUCAAAGCCCAGAUGGUGGCUUUGGAGGGGGCCCUGGCCAGUACCCACACCUUGCACCCACAUAUGCAGCAGUCAACGCGCUAUGCAUCAUUGGCACCGAGGAGGCCUAUGACGUCAUUAACAGAGAGAAGCUUCUGCAGUACUUGUAUUCUCUGAAGCAACCUGACGGCUCUUUUCUCAUGCACGUUGGAGGUGAGGUGGAUGUGAGAAGUGCGUACUGUGCCGCCUCCGUAGCCUCCCUGACCAACAUCAUCACUCCAGACCUCUUUGCAGGCACUGCUGAAUGGAUAGCAAGGUGUCAGAAUUGGGAAGGUGGCAUUGGUGGGGUGCCAGGGAUGGAAGCCCACGGAGGCUACACUUUCUGUGGCCUGGCCGCACUGGUCAUCCUGAAGAAGGAACGUUCCUUAAACUUGAAGAACUUAUUGCAAUGGGUGACCAGCCGGCAGAUGCGGUUUGAAGGUGGGUUUCAAGGCCGCUGCAACAAGCUGGUGGACGGCUGCUACUCCUUCUGGCAGGCGGGGCUGCUCCCCCUCCUGCACCGCGCGCUGCACGCCCAAGGUGACCCCGCCCUGAGCAUGAGCCACUGGAUGUUCCAUCAGCAGGCGCUGCAGGAGUACAUCCUCAUGUGCUGCCAGUGCCCCGCGGGGGGCCUUCUGGACAAGCCUGGCAAGUCGCGGGACUUCUACCACACCUGCUACUGCCUGAGCGGCCUGUCCAUAGCCCAGCACUUCGGCAGUGGAGCCAUGCUGCACGACGUGGUCCUGGGGGUGCCCGAGAACGCUCUGCAGCCCACUCACCCCGUGUACAACAUUGGACCAGACAAGGUGAUCCAGGCCACCAUGCACUUUCUGCAGAAGCCGGUCCCAGGCUUUGAGGAGCGUGAGGAUGAGACCACAGCAGAGCCUUCCACCGACUAGAGGACACAGUCCCGAGUCUCCGUGUUCACCGCAGUCAGUGCUCACCUGUGCAGACCAAGGUUUAUACGUCUCGGUAAUACUGCGUUCUGUGCUGCACAAGCCUUGGCCGCUCUGGAGCUGUGACUGCCCUUCUUUGUCAACCAGAACAAAACCAGUGGCUCUGGGUUUGGAGAACACAGUGGCAUGGUUUAAAAAAAAAAUUAUUUUCACUCCGGACAAACCAAAAGUUUAUAUGCAGCAUAUAAACCAAUUUGGGCCUGGCCAGGGUUGGUUGGGGAACAGUGCAUGCUGGGAAGCAGCCCCUCCCUACCAGCUCUCCAGCCUGGACAGUCCUAUUGAAAUAAAUGACGUCCAUGAGUAUUACAGCAUCGACUGCUGCGGUUCCCACUUGCACGCCACCAUGAAGUCGCCAGAAAGGUGCCCUCCCAUGGGGGAAUAAAUCUGCUCCAUGCCAAGGGAGGGGCUUUGGGUCCCACCAAAAUGAAUUUUCCAGAAAAACAAGCCCAAGGCUCUUCCCUCCCUCCCUGUCAUUUGCAAUGGAAAAGAGUGGGGUCCCUCCACACUGGAGAACUGAGCCACACCCCUCUGGAAGGCCACGCUUGGUGCUUGGUGCAAGGGCAGGAUUUGCUUCAGCCCUGGUGUGGGAAACCAAUUAUGAGUGGAAAAUGAACCUCCAAUUCAACUCUGUGCCAGAGGAAGCAGCCCCGGGCCCAUGCCCUCACUCCACCCCAUCAUGUACCACGAAAACCCUUCUGAUGACCUCAAGGCAGCGCCUGCAGUCCAUGGCCAUUCUGCGCGUCUCCAUCUCUUUUUCCACCAGAGCCCCAGCCCACCCUCCUCAAAGACAGUGUUGUCUUCUCUCAUCCAGAGUAUUAACACUACUAAGUCUUUCACCUUAAUUUCUGACUCAGGAUUUCUUCACAUCCUGCCCACUCCAGGCUCAGAGAAAUAAAAUCAAGUGCUGGACAAGCUGACUGCUGCUGAGGCAGUCGCCGCGUAAACCUGGUGUGUUCAGCCCCUGUUGCUCACACGGAACCUUUUCUUGGUCAGUGGGGCGUCGAGUUGGGUCAUCUGUCCAGUGCUGCGGUCACAGCAAGCUCCAGGUCGCUGUGGGCGUUCCUGUAGGCAGCCACGGGCGGUGGGCAGAUGAGGUUCUUCUAAAAAAACUGACCAUUUGCUGCCUCUGAUUCCCUAUUGCUUUGGCAUAUUGGACUAUGUAUUACCUCCUGGAAGUAAUAAAAGAAUAACAUUUUC